AAAUAAAUCUAUUGCAAACUGACAGAGGCAAAUACACAAAUAUGGGAAAUGAAAAGGUCCCAAUAGAAAAUAAUAGUAUGCCCAAGAAUUAGGUGCCACAACGAGACAAAAAUUUUAGUGACAUGGGCACCCUAUUGGUACAAUGUAAAAAAAUCCAAAAAUCUUACAUAAAAAAAAUAAAGAUUUUCCUAACCAUUAAAAUAUUCCAUCCAAACCACUAGAAUAAUAAUAAUGCAGGCAAAAGAAUAAAUAAAGAAAGCAUUAGAUGGUGGAUAUCGCAGACCUUCCAUCCAUGCUUAACUUAAGAGAUGAAACUCAAGAGAGAGAGAGAGGGUUAAGGGAAGCUUUAGGUCCACCAACUGGUGGUUAGAGAUUGGCACUCCAUAACCAAACACCAUCAACAGCAACAAAGGAAUUAACCAAGUCAAGCAACAAAUAAUAACAACAAACAACAGCAACAGCUAAGAGAAAGAUAGCUUGCUCUAUUCUAUUCCUCUUCAUUAUUUAUAAUUUCCCACAAACAAGCCUAGCAGCAGACAGGGGUUGGAGAAAGGGAUGUUUUAGAAAUAAAUAUAUCAACAAAAAGAAAAGAUUUGAUUUUUAAUUUUUUUCUGUUGUGUGGUGUGGUGUGGGGUGGGGUGGUUUCUUCUUAAUAGUAAAAGAGAGCACCCUUUUUUACAUGCUAGAUAUAGAGAGAUAGUUGGGAAUGCAGAGAGAGAGAAAAAAAGACUCCCUUUUUUUCAAAAAUUUAAAUAAAUGAAAUUGGUGUAUGUAAGUCUCACGUGGGAAUAGAUAAAAAGAGUAGAUGAUGAACGAACUUAUGCAAGAAUAGUUAUCAUAAAGGUGAAAGGAAAGAUUUAAAGGGGUGAUAAUGUUCUUGUACUUUCAACUUUGAAAUUCUUGCAACUCUACUAUAUACUAGGACAAGAGAAAAAUAAAAUAAAAAGUUUCUGUCUUUUUUUUCUUUUCUUUUUUCCUUUUCAUUUGGGAUUUUAAUUGUUCUUGCUUCUUUCUCUCUUCUUUUCUUCCUCCUUCCUUGAUUCUUUUUAGAGAGAGAGAGAGAGAGAAAGAGAAAGAGGGAGAGAGAGAGAGAUGAUAGUGUUGAAGUAUUGGGAUCUGUUUGUUUGCAGUGAAGAAAUAUUUUUUUAGACGGAUCGUGGAGCUGCUGUUCCCCAUAAGCAACACAGCUUAUGCUGAAUUUCAGGGCUCCUUGAUUUCUCUCUCUAGCUACACUUAAGAGAGAUGGGAACCUAUUUUCCUGUGUCAAACAAUCAAAGAGAUGCUUCAACAAUGCUCUACUUGAAGGAUCCUGCCCCAACUUCUCACUCAUCAACUCCGAUCCUCACCGGAAACACCAUCAUGUACAUGAACUUCCCCCCGCCCUCGUCCGAGCCCUUCUCCGAUGCAAUAGCCGGCAACUCACACAGCCACACCACCUGUAUGGAUGCUCCACCGGCUGCCUCGAAUUCAAACACCUCGCCACAGGAGGUUCUCCUCAACUUCGGGGGCUCACGGGCGCUGGAGAGCCAGCUGAACACGUGGAAGGACGGGAGGAACGAGAUGCUCAUGAUGCAUCAAGCUCAAGCAGGGGGGAGCUCGUUUCAAGGCGGUCCGAGCUUGCAGGGGCAGGGGCUGUCGCUCAGCCUCAGCACGCACGUCCCCCUGCACGUGUCCACGAUGCCAUACCAGAACGAGGGCGCUGAUUUCUCCUCGAUUUUGGGGUCUAACGCGUUGAUGCACGGUGAAGAUAGGGGGAGGAACAUAUCCUUUGAGAAUGAGGAUAGCUUCGGGGCUGGCGUGCCCGGGGCCAAUGUGGAUGGAGCGAGUGAUAUGUCGUCGUAUGGUAUGCCGAGUAUUGCAAGGGCUGUUCCUAACUCGAAGUAUUUGAGGGCGGCCCAGGAGCUGCUGGACGAAGUUGUGAAUGUGAAGAAAGCCAUCAAGGAGCAGAGUGCUCGAAAGGAAUCGAGGAGGGAGGUUGAAGGGGAGUUGAAGGAUGGAGGCUCGGACCCUUCGUUUUCAGCCACCCCUAAGGGCAACGGGGCUUCUUCCCAUGUCGAGGUUUCUGCAGCCGAGAAGCAGGAGUUGCAGAAUAAACUUACUAAGCUUCUCACAAUGUUGGAUGAGGUUGACAGAAGAUACAGACAGUAUUACCAUCAGAUGCAGAUUGUUGUGUCUUCAUUCGAUGUAAUAGCAGGAUCCGGAGCAGCCAAACCUUACACCGCACUUGCGCUUCAGACCAUCUCCCGUCACUUCCGCUGCCUGCGUGAUGCUAUAAACGGGCAGAUUCAAGUAGCACGGAGGAGCCUCGGAGAGGAGGACGCCUCCUCAAACGAGAGAGGGAUUGGGAUAUCCCGACUGCGCUAUGUGGAUCAGCAGCUCCGGCAGCAGAGAGCCCUGCAGCAGCUCGGCAUGAUGCAGCAGCACGCGUGGAGGCCACAGAGGGGAUUGCCUGAGUCCUCUGUUUCGGUCUUAAGAGCUUGGCUUUUUGAACACUUUCUCCACCCCUACCCGAAAGAUUCGGAGAAGAUCAUGCUGGCGAGGCAGACUGGAUUGACAAGAAGUCAGGUCUCAAACUGGUUCAUCAACGCGCGGGUGCGUCUCUGGAAGCCGAUGGUCGAGGAGAUGUACAAGGAGGAGACGGGCGAUGCUGAUGUCGACUCCAACUCCUCGUCCGAGACAAACCCACGGGCCCCGAAGCCAGGUGCAAAAGCAUCUGAAGAUAGAGCAGAGGAUCUGCAGCAGCAGCAUGGCACGGUUUCCGUGGGGCAGCAGCUCAUGGAGCCGAAAUGCGAUGAGAUGAACGAUGUGGAGAUGAUGGGAUCGGAUGCCAACUCCAUUUUCCAGAGCGAGUACGGAGGAGGGAAGACGACGGGGGUAGACAAGGCCGACCACGAGCCGGGCCACUUCCAAGACGCGGUGGCGGAGUCGAGCUGUGGGAGUGAGAGGUUCAUGGCUGCAGCUGCUGCCGGCUACCAUAUGUCGGAGCUCGAGAGAUUCGGCAGUAUCAGUGGAGGAGUUUCGCUCACAUUAGGGUUGCAGCAGUGUGAGGGUGGUGGUAGGAUGGCUAUGCCUAAUAGCAAUCACAAUGCAUUCAUUCCACUCAGAGAAACCGAUGUAUAUAACACAGCAGCUUCUGCUAUGGGGGGUGACCCUGCAGAUUUUGAGUGCCUGGAUUCGGGUAGCCGGCAGCAUCGGCUCGUCUCAUCGCUGCUCCCGUCGUUUACCUGACCCUCCCUCCUCCUGGAAACGCUUCCGGGCGGGUUUGAGGAGUCAAAUCUUGAUACUUUGGGCAAGAAGCUCUAGUUUUUCUCCCAUUUUGUGAAUCCAUUGUAGGAAGAAAAAUUGGUUGAAGGGUUCAUUUGUAAAGAAUUUACUUGUUUGGUCUGUGUAGAAACCAGCAUACGAUGAUUUUGUUGUAUCGAGGAAAUAAGGUUAACUGUUGCAUCCCACGCAAAUUUUUUUUUUAAGGUUGUAACUUUUUUAGUACAGAAUUGACAUGUAAUAGUGGAACUUUAUCAGUUAAGAAUGUAGAAUAUAUCUGAUCUCUCUGUUCUUUUCAA